CCAGUACGAGUAGCAGCACUGGCAACACCAACAUCUUCCACGACAUCGCUCAACGCGCAGCACCAGACUCAUCCUUUGCUCAACUUUUUGGGGCUCCUCCAGUAGAAAUGAGUACGAGAAGGCUUAGGGGCACGGGCAAGCAGGGAAAGGCGAGCACCAGGGUCACCUCCACGGGUGAAACGAAUGCGAAGGGGAAGGAUGAGGACUUGAAAAAAGAAGGAGGCCUCUCGUUGCGAGGAUCUUCGCUGCAACAUCGUCGUGGGGAAGAAUGUGCUGCUGGGUUCAGCUCCAAAAAUGGAACGAAAGAUUAUAAAGCGUCCACACAGUCGUCGACUACAACGUCACCUCCUUCACUCACGACGCAAUCACCUGGAGUUCAUCCAGCCAAGAGCAAAUCGGACGAGGGUAGCAUGACGCACAAGGAAACGGGAAAUAGCAGAACCAAUACUAGAACGG